GGAAAGAGCCUUAAUCAAGACCGGUCUAUCAAACAGUGCUUCUCAAUAGAAACGCUAGAGAGAGCGACCCCACGUGGGCUGGAGGAGAAACGUCCACGCGUGACCUAAGGAACCAAUGAUGGGCGAGAUCCACGUUUCCAACGGCAACCCGUUCCAAACAAUCAUCAGAGAGCAGCACGAGCCUAGAACCCACGACCUUCAGAAGUGUAUCCACCUAGUUGCCCACAUGUUUAAAGUCAGAAGAAAUGAGCUCUCCGCUAUCAAUGCUACGUAAAAACAGACGCAUGCCUCUUCCUGGAUAUCUGGGUCAACACGGGGGAAGAAAAGUGCCAUUCAAGGAAGAUCCCUUGAAAGAAUAUAAAGCUUUGCUAAGUGGCCUGUCUGGACCAUCAGAUCCCGUUGGGACUCAUUCCACAGCCACUGACAUGACCGCUACUUCCGGGUCAAAGGUCACACAAAAGAAAGGCCACAGCAGUCAUGCUCCUCCGACUGACUUUGAGCUGAUGUCUUCUAUGAUGCAGAAGCUAAGCUUACUGGAGAACAAGGUGAAGAUCCAGGCACUGGAAAUCGAACGCAAGGAGAAGAAGAUUUUUGUCCUUGAGGAGAAAGUCAAACUUCUUCAGAAGUCAAGAGAAAAGAUGACAGAUGGGGAGGAGGAGAAAGACCUUGUUAGAACUUGCCACAAACUACAGAUCCAGAUAUGGGAAAUGGAGAGCUUUCUGAAUGACUAUGGUAUGAUCUGGGUGGGGGACGAUGAAAAACGUGACACCGCCCAACAAGAGGAAGUAGGGGGUCAUGUGCAGAGGCAGUUUCCAUUGGAGGGUGGAGGGAGGAGAAGCCUUUGGCAGCCAGAGGCCUCUUUGGUGGGACAUUUCCACAUGAACUUUGACCUGGUGGCUCAGAGCAUCAGGGAGCUGAACGUCCUGGCGGGGGAGGGCGAGUCUUUCGUGAGAGCGACCCCCAGAGGGGCUCAGCUGGCCCAGAAGGCCUGCAUUCCCCUGGUCCUCUACAAGAACGGUGUCUUCAUGUUCGACGGACCUUUCCGGUCGUAUCAGGAACCCAGCACUCAGCAUUGCAUGCAAGACCUGAUGGAUGGAUACUUCCCCUCUGAGCUAAAGGAAAGGUUUCCAGAAGGGGUGCCGUUUCAGGUCUUGGACAGACGAGAGGAGGAGUUUAAAGAGAGACGGCCGUGGGCGGAGUUUCCUGGGAAGGGGCAAGCUGUGGUUGGUCCAUCAAGCAACCCAGACCACACCCACACCACCCUCUCUCAAAUUCCUGGUAGGAAACUGAGCAUGGAUCAGUUCCUGAACCGGCUGCCGAAGGUGGUGGUGAAGGCUGGUAGAGUGAUUGACAUUCGGGACUCGGUGAAGACCAGUCUGCAGGGUUCCUCUGAUGCAGCCGACCACAGUGCUGUGACCCUCGUAGACACCCCGGUGCUGCGGGACAUGAAAGAGAGGAUGAAGCUGCAGGAGGGGGACCGGCCUCCGUCCGCCCGCGACGUGGCAACGCUGAGGCUGAGGUCUGAGGACGGGGAGCGCACGUUCAUCCUGAAGAUGCACUUCUCAGAAACCAUAGGGCACCUUCGCCGCUACCUCGACAACCACCGGGGGGAAGGUCUCCCAGGAUAUGACAUCAUAAGCGUGUUCCCUCAGCGUUGCUACGGUGAGGACUGCCAGACGCUCCAGUCCUGUGGGCUCACCCCCAGCGCUGCCCUGCUGCUGAGGACACGCCCCUGUCCGCAGUGACACCUGCUCACGGUCGCGUGCUCCCAGCGCACAGCAACAGCCACCCCUAACAACCUGCCAUGACGACAACAUGAGGAAAACGCUGGGAAGCAUUCCAAUUAUAAUUAUUUUAAAUCAGUGCAACGCUGUAAUUGUUGAUGAACUGCAUUGGGGGGGAAAAAAUCACUAAAAUCUGUAAACUCCAGUGCGAAGUUACUUGAAACAAUCUUUAUUUCUAAAAUGUGUAAAUACAAUCUGAGGACAAAAAUAUAUUCAAUAUACAUGUUUUCAUUUCUUCAGAAGGUUUGAGAUGCAGUAAGGCAAGUUGAGAUGACUUUCCAUCAUGGCUUGAAGACAGUUCUUGACCAUUACAUUCUGCACCACGGUUUGUAGAAGACAGAAAGAUCUCAACAAGACAUUAUUCCAACAAUACAUUAAAACUAGAAUGUUUCGCUUGUACUCGCAACCACUAAAACAAAAAAGGUUAAAUUAAAGUGAUGUAGUGUUUUAAUGAGUCUUCACACAUCUAGACAUUUAUCAACAACAAAUAACUAACGUCCCUUGAAAUGCAUUAGGUAACAAAAAUCAACACACAACCAGUUAUUUCACACGGGGAACUACCUUUGGCAUGUGCACAGCUUGGAUAUCCAUAGUCCUGGGUAUCCCUACUUCCCAAAACUACUUCAAGGAAUGUAUUGAUUGUUUUGCUGGAUGAACAAAGAAAAGGGCUCCUAUGAAGAAGUCCACCAGCCGCAGACCAGAGUCUCUGCACGGGGCCACAUGAAGACAGGCAUGGUGGCAGCCACAGUGGGUCAGAGGCACAUCCAAAUCUUCCAAAAGAUCAUUUACCUGAGGCUUCUGCAAACAUUCGAUAUUUGUAAAUACAUUGUGUAGACCACCAUGGUGUCCUUGAGAACAACGUGUCAGUAGGUGGUUUGAGCAGGUUCGAUCAGCCCUACUGUGGUUAUUUUGUGUCAAGUUGCGUGUGCGCACUCCAAUCUAAUGUUACAAAGACACCAUUUGAAAUAAUGGCCGGUUAGUAACACUCUUCUUUAAAUCACUUCAAAAACAGAUAGAUAUUUUCAGUUGAUUGUCAACCAAAUCCUACAUCGUUUCCCUGAAGAGGAAAGACAAGACUUAAAUAAAACUGUUUUUAAGGGAGAUUGUAUAACACUCACCCAUCCACUUGUUUGAAGUAAGGUGGAAGGCUUUUGUGACAAACAUACACUCACAAACAUCCUUAUAUAAA